GUGAAUUUUUUUACUACAAUUCAGAGCUGCGACCAUCGACAACUAUUUUACAAGUUUCUUGUAGAUUGAUUGCGCAAGAACUCAAAAUGGUAUUUCGCGAAUUUAAUCGACUUGCUGGAAAAUUGCAGGCUUCUGCAAAAUUGCAGCCUUUAUUCCCUUUGAGACCAACUCCACUGAAUAAAGCUGAUGCACCAAAAAUGAUCUAUGAUACUGUGAAAACUAAACCUGUCUCAGUCGACAGAGCAGCAACUGCAUCUUACUCAACUAUUCCUCCAAAACUAGAAGCAAAAAUGAAAAAAUUCCAGAAGGACACUUCAAAGCCAGUUUUCUUGAUGGGAGGUACUCCUGACAAAAUUCUGUUCGGUAUCACUUGCGUACUGACCGUUUUUGGUCUUGGAAAGUCUGCACAAUUCUACUGGCCCUACAUCUGGACCAAAUAAAUAUUUUAUUUAACUUUAAAGUUAAUAGAUUAUUAAUUAAAGUAUUUAGGUGAUGCUUAAUUGUUAUAAAUCACUAAUGAUUGUCAGCACUGGUUUCAAUAAAAAUCAUUGCCAGUAACUUUAA